GUAUGCAUCUAAUUAACAUAUGAAAAUAUUAAAGAAGUGAAUAAUAUAUACAAAUGUAUAAAUUGUUUUGUCUUGUUUAUGAAUAGAUUCUAUAUAAUUGCGUAAUGGUAAGAGUUGGAGGUGGUUGGGAUACUCUUGAGCAUUAUUUGGAUAAGCACGAUCCUUGUCGUUGUAUAUCUGGAAGUAAGUAUACUGUAUUUUGUAUAUAUGCAUAAUUCUUAAAUAGCUUUCAUUUUCUUAACGUUAGUGUUUUAUUAUGAUAUUUACGAUAUGUUGAACGAGUUUAAACUUGAAUGGUAUAGCAUGUCUUUGUCGUACCAAGUGUUUUUUGUAUAUUAUCGGAUAAAUAUCGGUCUAUUUCGAUAGUAGCUUUUAUUCGUGAUAUUUCUUUUUUUUGAACAAGGAGAAAUCUCUUCCAAUUUAUUAAUUGAGAUAGGUAAGAAAACGUAUUAAAAUUUUGGGCGGAAUUAGCAAAUGUAGGCGGGGAACGUAUGGGGCGGAAGAGGAAAACUAGUAAAAUUAGGAUAGAGAGGUAGGUUUUGCUUGAAGAAUUGAGGUUAUUUUUUAAUAUAUACCGCCUGAUAUAGGCGCAAUCUAUUUUAGCAGACAGACAGAGGGAGAGAGAGAGAGAAAGAGAGAGAGAGAGAGAGAGCCGCCUUCUUCUCCUUCCUUUGCAGUGUGCUUGUUUAGUUGUAUUGCAGACUCUCCAGUAUACAAUCAAUAUGCUUAAGAAUUAAAUUGAAAACAAAAACUAACAACGGAUUUAAAUUAACGAUAAAAGAACGUUCGAGAACCAUCGUUUAAAGCGAAUUGAAUAUUCAAUAGACGGUUUGUAACUACUAGACGCCGGCAGUUGGAUCGAUUAAAGCAUUCUGUACCGAACGUUUAGUUAUUUCGCUUUUUUGUACGAGAGAUAAUGAAGUUAGAAUGCUUCUGCAGGUGUCGUUCAUUAAACGCUUUAGACGGUGGUAAGUUUAAGUUUGCCUAUUGUAUUGUAUACUAGUUAAGGAGAGAGCCAUCUUGCACAAGAAGGAGAAGUAAGGGUAGGAGCAGCUUAGUAAAAUAGUAGGAGAAGAUUGCUUGAAUAAGGGCUAUGGAGGGUGGUAUACCAGAUUGGAAGGAACUAUGGGAAAAAUAUACAAGUAUGGAUGUCGUAAAUUUUAUACGUAAGCACGAAUUAAACAACGCCAGGAGGGAUCCGAUCGAUUCCCGAUCGAACUCUAUACCAGACGAAUCCUUCCGUGAUUCAGGUUUCUAAUACAUCUCUUUUCCCCUUAAUUAAUAACAUAGUUACAUUACAGAUGGCGUUUUUUUAUUAUUAUUAUAUAGUUUUUUUUUAUUUAAAGAACUUGAUUGGGCACGUUUAAUCUUUUUUUUUUUUUUCCACCUCGUUUUCUUAGUCUUCUCUCUCUCUCUCGAUAUCGCCCAACUAUCUCCUCUUGACAGACAGAGAGAGAGAGAGAGAGAACAAAAAGGGCGAGAUUGUAUUAAAAAGUCUAUGUCUUCUGUAAUCGGAUUAAUUUUUUUAAUAUCCAACAGCCCACCGUUCCAAACCGGUGACAAAUCCUGCUUAUCGGAAACCGGAUACAUCGAAUUACGUUUCCCCGUACUCUCAAAAGAGUAAUAAAACGGGAAUGGAAGGUUAUAAACCUGUAAGAAAACGCUCUGAGGGGGCUAUACAAAGCAUGAGGAAUUCUGAUGUAAGAUCGAGAAGUCUCAAGUCCUCUUCUCCAGAUGUGUUUACUAUUAACCGCGAUUCGUCUGGUAAGCACGCCAUUAUCGAUUCAACAACGACGUCUAAGACGGCUAAAACCGUCAAGCCUAGACCUCUGUUGACACCAGUUGCAACUAUGGACGAAUUUGUUGAUAAUGAUGAAGAAUUAGAGAAGAUUAACGAUGAAAUGAAUAAAUGUUUUAUGGAAUAUAGAGAGAGUCUUAAGUCGUCUAACUCGGAAAUUAACCAAGAACCAUCUAAACAUGAACCUAAGAUUAAAAGUAACCCAAAGAUCAAUGGGAUACACACAUCUAAAAUUGCUGACAAAAUAAAGGAAGCUAUCAAUCCAAAUAAAAUUGGAAACAGGCCUAGUUCCGCUCUUGCGAAUCCUAUUAGGGCAACCGAUGUUGGAGCUAGAACUGCAUAUAUGCAACGACAACCUAUUAGGCCCAAUUCAGCUAUGGGUGAUGUUAAUGGAAGAUUAAUGUCACCGUCACCGGUUUCUUCAAGUAGGUCAAGCGACAGAAGUAGAUCGAGACUAUCGAGUCAAUCUUCUUCGGAAGAUCUAAAGUCGCGAAGAAGAGAGAGAUCGGCUAGCGCAGAUCGUACACGACGAACAUCCACACCGGAAAUACUGAGCCAAAAGUCAUUGUCUUCUACAGCACCCGCAAAGGCUCGCCCAUCCUCUCCAGCCCUUAAUAGGUCAACUACUUCAGUUCACGCUUCCAAUUCAGUUCGGAGUCGGCCGUCGACUCCUGUCUUCUCUGCGAAUGCAACUCCAACAAGAACAAGCCGACCCUCAACUCCAGUUAAUAAUACAACUUCAGCUAGAAGUCGGCCAUCAACUCCGGUCAAUUCUGUACAGAGUUCAAGGAAUAGACCGUCGACUCCAGUUAAUUCCACACAAAAUACAAGAAAUAGGUCGUCAACUCCUUUGAACACUUCGGCUAAUAGAAAUAUAACGAAUGGGGUAAAAAAUCUUCCAUCUAGACCUUCAACACCAGUAAACCAUAGUCAAAACCCUCAAUCGAAACCUGUUGCAAUAAACUCGGCCGCUAAGGUUCAAACUACUAGACCUUCUACACCUGUACGCAAUCGACCUUCGACACCAGUUCAUAAUAGACCUUCGACACCAGUUCGAAAUCGAUCCACAACGCCAGUUGCUACGUCUCAGAGCAGCUUUACCCAGCCUAAAUCCCGACCAAUCACCCCAGUGGUUGGCAGAUCAUCCAGACCUAGAACCUUGCCAAAAGAACCUGAACAGAAUGAACGACCUUCAAGAACUUCUGAAAGGCAAACGAGAAAACCAGCAUUCAAUCGUAGUCAAAGUCAAAAUAGAUUUGAUCUGGCCCAGUCUAAUACGGUUAAUCCACCAAUAAAUUAUCAAAGGCAAAGAUCCCAGUCAGUCUGCAGAAGCGAAAAAUUAGCCGUUGUUAAAUCACCAGAUCCAAGAAUUAAGCCAAGAAAGGACGACCGUCCCGGUAAGACGAAAAUUCCUAUGCCAAUGCACUUCGAGCUUCGGCGUUACGAUUCCGGCGUUGAUAUUCAUGUAUUAUACGAUGGCGCUUGGGCACAAUAGGGGCUUCAAAAAAAAUAAUUCAAUUCGUCCAUUUAUUAUUUAGUCCUUUAUUCUCUUUUCUUCAACUCUAUUUUAUAUUUGGACUUCUUUUUAAAUGCCAAAAUAUUCGAGUAGAGGUGUGGGUAUGAAAAAAUAGCACCGUAUGGAAAAUUUUUUCCAACCCAAAACAAAAACAAUGCUUUUAUUGCACGCUUGCUAUUUGAACAAAUUGUGAUAUGUGCGUAUCUUAAUUCUUCUCCUUCUUUUCUUCCUUUCUUUUUCAUUUCUUUUCGUAUUCUUAAUUAAUAUUACUAUUGCAUAAUAAUC